ACCAUAGAAAUAAAAUGUCAAAGGACACGCUACGUCAUUAGAGUGCGCCCUGGUUUCAGAGAGGAGGUAGGCAGAUGCCUCUUCGAAACAAUAGUCAACUCUCGUCUACUUACGACCCGUAUUUCCUCUCAUACUGCUGAAGAGCAGCUGCUGGGAUGCCAAAGAAGUUCCAGGGCGAGAACUCCAAGGCGGCCACAGCCAAAGCCCGCAAGGCCGAGGCCAAGGCAGUGGAAGAUGCCCGCAAGAAGCAGCAGGAAGAGGACGCUCUAUGGCAGGAAACCGACAAACAUGUUCUCAAAAAAGGACAGAGAAAGGAUGAAAAGGAAAAGAGGAGGCUCGAGCUUCUGGAGAGGAAAAAGGAAAACCAACGUCUUCUGGAUGAGGAGAGCUCUAGCAUAAAAGGCAGAGCCCAGAGGGAGGCUGGACCUGGAGGAAAAGUGACUCGUGCCCAGAUCGACGAGGUGCUUCAGAACGAGCUCAAGCAACAGCAGGAGCUAGAGCUCAAACCGAAAGAAAAGAGCCAUCUGGAGAUUCCACUGGAGGAGAACGUGAACAGAAUUAUCCUUGAUGAAGGAACCGUGGAAGCCAGAACAAUAGAAGAUGCCAUCGCUGUGCUCAGCACUGGGCCUGAGGACUUGGAUCACCACCCGGAGCGCAGGAUGAAAGCAGCGUUUGCUGCCUAUGAGGAGGCCAACAUGCCUCGCUUAAAACAGGAGAACCCCAACAUGAGGCUGUCGCAGCUGAAGCAAAUGUUGAAGAAGGAGUGGAUGAAGUCGCCAGAGAACCCCCUGAACCAAUGCUUUGCCACAUACAACUCAAAGUGAAUGCACUCUUUCCCCUUAUAACUCAAUUUGAAAACUGUCUGCCUAUGCACAUAGGAGGCUACGAAUGAAAAAGAAAGAAUUGAAAAACAAGUGUUGCUAAUAAGAGUUUUUCCACUUCCCACCCACAAUCUCUCCAAUGCCAGAUGAGCUUGGUUGUUUCAUUGACUAGCAAGAAGAAGCUCCCUUUCCCCUAUCAAGGUCUCACAUGAUGCCUGUGGGCACGUGGCCUCAAAUGUGCCACUUCAGCAUCCAAUACAUUAAAUUAAAUUUUUUUUCCUAGUACCUUGUGGGGAGGUGGGAAGCCAGAUGUUUUUGAGAGUAACUUAUUAAAGUUCACCACUCGAUCAUCAA